UCCAUAUCCCCACCCAAAAACCAUACGAAACCAACAAACUUCAACUGUUCAACAUACCUCCUACCAGGGUUUCAUAUCUCAUUUCAUUUCCCUGUCUUCCCUUUUUCUAAGUCAUAUUUUAUCAAAAAGAAAAAGAGAGAAUUAUGGUUAACCCAAAACCAUCUUCUCCUUCCUCAUUCCUCCCCUCUAACAAAACUCCUAUCAUAAAUCCCAACAAAAUUUUCGAUCUUCAUGCUGAUGAUCAAGAAGAACAAUUACGUAGAUGGCCAACUCUCUCUGAGGCAAUUGAUGAAAUCAAAGCCAUAGGGAAGAUCUCAGGUCCUACAGCUAUGACGGGUUUGCUUCUUUAUUCAAGAGCCAUGAUCUCUAUGCUCUUUCUUGGAUGUCUCGGUGAGCUAGAGCUAGCUGGCGGCUCUCUCUCCAUUGCUUUUGCAAACAUUACUGGAUACUCUGUAAUAUCUGGUCUCGCUAUGGGAAUGGAACCCAUUUGUGGACAAGCUUACGGUGCCAAACAGAUGAAACUUCUAGGGUUGACCCUUCAGAGAACGGUGCUCCUCCUCCUCUCAGCCUCGCUUCCCAUCUCGUUCAUGUGGCUGAACAUAAAGGGAAUCCUCCUCUGGUGCGGCCAAGAUACUGAAAUAGCAUCAGUGGCUCAUACCUUCAUUCUUUUCUCCAUACCUGACCUCUUCUUUCUUUCUCUGCUUCACCCGCUUCGCAUUUAUCUCAGAACUCAGAGAAUCACAUUACCCUUAACUUAUUGUUCUGCUAUUUCUGUUCUCCUCCAUGUUCCCCUGAAUUUCCUCCUCGUUAUGCAUUUCAAAAUGGGUAUUGCUGGAGUUGCCAUAGCCAUGGUCUGGACUAAUCUCAACCUCUUCCUCUUGCUCUGUUCUUUUGUGUACUUCUCCGGAGUAUAUAAAGAUUCUUGGGUAUCUCUGAGUACGGAUUGUCUCAGGGGAUGGUCAUCUCUGCUCACCCUGGCGAUUCCAACGUGUGUUUCGGUUUGUCUUGAGUGGUGGUGGUAUGAAUUCAUGAUUAUGCUCUGUGGACUUCUAAUUAACCCAAAAGCUACCAUUGCUUCCAUGGGGAUCCUAAUUCAAACGACCUCUUUGGUGUACGUCUUUCCAUCAGCACUAAGCCUAGGAGUAUCGACGAGGGUUGGGAAUGAAUUGGGUGCAAAUAGACCGGCAAAAGCUCGCAUUUCCAUGAUCGUCUCUCUGUUCUGCGCCGUCGCAUUAGGCCUCAUAGCUAUGCUGUUCACCACUCUGAUGCGGCACAAAUGGGGAAGGUUUUUCACUUCCGACGCCGAAAUUCUAGACCUUACCACUGUAGCAUUGCCGAUCGCCGGACUGUGUGAACUCGGAAACUGCCCGCAGACAACAGGGUGUGGCGUCCUCAGGGGCAGCGCCAGGCCCUCCAUCGGAGCCCACAUCAACCUGGGUUCGUUCUACCUAGUCGGUAUGCCCGUGGCGAUCCUAUUGGGGUUUGUCGCCAAAAUGGGGUUCCCCGGACUAUGGCUCAGCCUGCUUGCGUCUCAAGCGUCCUGUGCUCUGCUCAUGCUGUAUGUCCUCUGUAAAACGGAUUGGAUCCUUCAGGCAGAGAGAGCCAGAGAGUUGACUCAGACGACAAAACCGCCAUUACCGAUAGCAUCGACAGCAGAAGAAUCAUCAAACCCAAAAGAAAUAACGACGAAGGGUGAUCUUGAAGAGAUACUGUGCGUUAAUGAUGAACUCGUGAAGCCAGAAACAGAACCUCUCAUAUCUACUGCACGCACUCUGCAUUAAUUAGGGUUCGGUCUCCCACCAUUAUUGCCGCCACGGAAGGAAAUGGUGUAAAAAAAAUCAUUUGUUUUC